AGCUAAUUGGGUUUCUGGGUUUUACUAGCAUUUUCACCGAAUAUUCAAAAUUUAAAAACUCAAAGAUCCCAACUUUCCUCGGAAACAAACAAGAAUGGCAGCAGUUUCACCGUCUCUCAGCUUAUUCUCAAGAACCCCUGAACCCUCUGUUCGGAAAAUGUCAAUCCUGAGUAAGUUCCACAGUGUCGCUUCCAGAACCCACUGCAAUUUCAACGCCAUUUUCAAACCAUCCACUCUAACCCUCUUCAUCUCCACCCAAAGACCCCAUGCACAUAUCAAAUCUCCACCUCGAAACACAAUCCGAUGCCUGUUCACUGGAAUUGUCGAGGAAAUGGGUCAAAUCAAGCAACUGGGUACCGCUGAAAACGGUGGUUUCGACAUGAAAAUCGGCGCCAAAACCGUCCUCGAGGGCGUCCACCUCGGCGAUAGCAUUGCCGUCAACGGGACGUGCCUCACGGUGACUGAAUUCGACACCCAAUUGUCCGAUUUCACCGUCGGUUUGUCGCCCGAGACGCUUAGGAAGACGUCUCUGAUCGAGCUCGAACCGGGGUCACUUGUGAAUCUGGAGCGGGCGGUCCAGCCCACGAGUCGAAUGGGUGGGCACUUUGUGCAGGGUCAUGUGGAUGGCACAGGGGAGAUAGUGUCAAUGGAGCCUGAGGGGGAUUCUCUAUGGAUCAAGGUGAAGGCAUCAAAGGAGCUGUUGAAGUAUGUGGUGCCGAAAGGGUUUAUAGCAGUGGAUGGGACUAGUUUGACUGUGGUGGAUGUGUUUGAUAAAGAAGACAGCUUUAAUUUCAUGUUGGUGGCUUAUACUCAGCAGAACGUGGUGAUUCCUUUGAAGAAGGUUGGGCAAAAGGUGAAUUUGGAAGUUGAUAUACUCGGCAAAUAUGUGGAGAGGCUUCUCAGCAGUGGAUUUGUUGAGUCAAUCAAAUCUUCAUGACCCUUAAGGUACUCAAUUUAUAGGUCAUCACUGGUGCAGUUUUGUACACUACCACACUUGUUGUUUGGAUAGUAACUGUCAUGACUGGCGACUCUAAGAGAGCUGUUUAGUUUUUUGUUGUAUGAUAGUUAGAGCUUUAUUGUAUUGGCUUUUCUGUACACCUUCUCUAUAAGGACUUAAUGGUUUUGGUUUUAUAAAAGGUCCACAUUCAAUAAAAGUUCAGCAUUUGAUUCA